AUGUUGCUGUUGCAGCAUCACCACCAUCAUCAUGAUCAUCAUCAGCAGCAGCAUCAGCACCACCACCAGCAGCAGCAGCACCACCACCACCACCACCAGCACCCGCACCACCAGCACCAGCACCAGCACCAGCAGCAGCAGCAGCAGGAGCAGCAGCAGCAGGAGGAGCAGCAGGAGAUAGAUGAAGAGCAGCAGCAGCAGCAGCAAGAGCUGCAGCAGCUUCCUUCUCUUUUUAUUUUUUCUUUACAAAGCCACGGCAUCCUAAGAAAGUUUUGUGGCCCCCUAAACCUUAUACCUGCUACUGUUGAUGCUAACAACAAAGGAGUGUAA